AUGGAGCCAAAGCUGAUACAUGGAGACCGUGGGGGGCACAUCCUGGCCAUUAAUGGCCACCGUUAUCAUCGACACCGGGCAACAGGGGAAGCCAUUCACUGGCGCUGCUGGCGCAAAACCUGCCGAGCCCGUGUGCGAACUAAUAUUUUUAACCCGGAGGAUCCUGCCAUCCACAUCAUCUUCUGGGAAGAUCACGGACAUGGCCCGGUUGAUCACAUGAUUGAGAGGGCCACCUUUAGGGAGAAGAUGCGCUCAUCAAUCGAUGACCAGCCAACCACCCCUGUCCGGAGAGUAUAUGAUGCUGCGGUAUCAUCGGUCAGCCGCCAAGGAGGAGGUGACCGCCCUCCGCGCAUCGAUGCCUUUUCGUCCUUCAGGACAAUUCUCAACAGGGCAAGAUCAAAGAGAAUGCCAGAGAUACCCAGAGGAGUGGAAGAGGUGGAGAUCCAGGGGCCGUGGGCAGAAACCUGGCAACAGGAGGAAUAUCUGCUCCACAAAGAUAAUGACUGGGAGAUUGCUAUAUUUGCAACAAAAGAAAAUCUGCGUGCCCUUUCCCAGUGUCGGAAAAUAUACAUGGACGGAACAUUUAAAAGCUGCCCAGGACCAUAUUCGCAGAUUUUCACCAUCCUUGGUCAAUACAGGGGCUGGGUGAUUCCCUUGGUCACUUGCAUGAUGGGUCACCGCCAAGUCGGGCACUACAGGGCUGUUUUAAAGGCUAUUGCGCUGCAUGUGCGCCAAAUCUCCCACCGCAGGUGGCGCCCACAGAAAGUUGUGUGCGACUUUGAGAUUGCACUUAUUACAGCUCUUCAGUCGGAGCUGCCACAGGUGAGCAUCCAGGGGUGCUAUUUUCAUUUCACCCAGAGCCUUUGGAGAAGGGUCCAAGAACUUGGACUUGUGAGGGCUUACAGGGAAAACCUCAGUCUUCGGAAAUGCAUCCGCAAGCUGAUGGCUCUGGGAUAUCUGCCACGGCCGCUGGUGAGGCUAAACUUCAACUCUCUCCGAAGAAGCCAACGAACAAUCCGGCUGAUUGACAGAAAUCCAUCUUUGCUGGAUUUUUUUGGUUACGUCCAAAACACCUACAUCGGUGGGUUCUUCCCCGUUCCUCUGUGGAACGUCUUUGACCGAGAGAUGGAUACCCGGACAAACAACCACGUCGAAAGUUAUCACAAAACUUUAAAUGACACCAUCGGAGUCCGGCACCCAUCUCUCUGGACUUUUAUCCGAUGUCUGAAGGACCGCCAAACCGUCGUGGAGCAAACUAUUGAUGGCGCGGAACGUGGAGAAUUGGCCCCUGCACGACGUCGCAAAUGGAGGGUUUUGGAGGAAAGGCUGCGAUGA